AUGAUCAGAUCUCAAUAUGGUAUCAGAACUGGAAUGUGCGGAUCCGUAGUAAUUAAAGGAUUCGUUGGUCGAGCGGAAUAUGUAUCUCAAUUAACUCAGUUAUCACAAAUAGGGCACAAUACACAAGUGAGAUAUAUAGCACGAGGCUCCACAUGCAGCAAGUCUCCAUUUCUAUUGCAUCCCAAUGUCAAAGUUCGUAAACCUAAGACAAAAGAAGAACUAGCAGAGGAGAGGUUCAACGAAUUGCUCCAUUCCAAAAAUAGGUUUAUAAGAUGGGGCGCAUUCCUUAGAACUGAGUCAUUCAACAAGAAUCUGACCAAGUUUCUAUUCGUCCUUUAUGGUAUAUUUCUGGUAUAUGGGUAUUAUUACAUGAAACGGCUCUAUGUUAAGGAUCAUGAACUAAGAGAUUUGCUGAUAAAACAGGAGCAAAAUGGUACGAAUGAAUACGAAAACUUAAGAAUUAAACAAUUACAGAAUAAAUUAAGAACUAGAGAUAGUAUAAAGUUGGCUAGGUAUGAAAAACUGAUUGAGGAGGACGCUAUAAAAGAUUUUGAUGGUAUUGAGCUUGAAAAUGUUGAUCAAAAUAAAGAAAAUACAAAUAUCCUACCAGCUAGGGACACAACGCCAUUUUAUGAGAUAAAAGCAGCAGAAUAUGAUAAGGGAAUUAAUUUUGAAGAGAAAAUGAUUGGUAUGGGAAGAAGGCGUAAAUGGUUGAUGAAACAUUGUAAAGGCGAUGUCCUAGAAGUAGCGUGUGGUACUGGAAGAAAUAUCAAAUAUGUAGACAUUGACAAGAUCAAUUCCAUAACCUUUUUGGAUUCUUCUAAACAAAUGAUGGAAAUAGCACAUAAGAGAUUUAGGGAUCGUUUCCCUACCUUCAAAAAAGCUGCAUUUGUCGUUGGACGAGCAGAAAACCUUCUCGAAUUGGCUCAGGAUAACUCGAAGUUUGAGGCUGGUGAUGUGCCAGAUACUAAAGUUAAGUACGAUACAAUAAUUGAAGCCUUUGGAUUGUGUUCUCACGAGGAUCCUUUGAGAGCACUAAAUAACUUCACGAAGCUCUUGAAGCCUGAUGGUAGAAUAAUCUUGCUGGAGCAUGGAAGGGGUGAUAAGAAGUUCAUCAAUAAGAUUUUGGAUAAAAGAGCUGCAAAACGUUUAGAAACCUGGGGGUGUCGCUGGAAUUUGGAUAUAGGGGAACUACUGGAUGAUUCAGGCCUGGAUGUUGUCAAAGAAGAACGUAGCCACAUGGGCACGACCUGGUGUAUUGUGGCCAAGAGAAAAUGUGACGUUAAAAGGCAAGAUGAAAUUGGAUUUUUUGAGAAAUACAUAAAAUCAAGUGUUGACAGAAAGAUUCAAUCCAUCACCGAUAACAAUAAUUCAAAUUAA